ACCACCCUAUAAGACCGGUGUAGGGUCCAGUGGGAACGCUCAGUUGACCGGUUAAACCCCGUACGGUGACACAUCCAGCUUCGGUGCCAUUUCAGCAUUAGGACAGAGCACCCUAGAAUGGCGAACAGCUGGUUGCCCCUGUGCUGUGUACUGCUCCUAGCCAGCAUUGCAUCGUGCAAAGUGCGCCCUGCUAGGGAGGUGUCGGCGGUGCCGGCGAGUGAUCAAACGAAAGAAACGCGAAAUGCCGCUGUCCGUGAACCGGUGAAGUAUGAUGGUGCCCAGCUUUGGCGCAUCGCCUACGAUAGCCAACAGGAGAAGAAUGCGGUGGCAGAGUUACAGGAUCGAUUCGCGGCUUCGAUGUGGAACUUUAACGCGACGUCGGUGGAUAUCUUCGUGGCGCAGCCAACGAUCAAACAGGCCGAAUGCUUUCUCCGCUCAACGAACGUCUCGUUCGAGGUGAUCAUCGAGGAUAUGCAGCGGGCGAUCGAUACGGAAAACCCGUCACCCGAAGAGACGGACCUCUGGGAGAACCGUAACGGGCACCGCAUGACGUGGACGGCGUACCACCGGCUGGAGGACAUUUACGACUGGAUGGAGUACCUGGCCAAGACGUACCCGGACAUCUGCAGCACCAAGAGCAUCGGCCGGUCGGUGCAGGGCCGCGAGCUGAAGGUGCUGCGCGUUUCGAACGGCAGCCCGACCAACGCAGCCGUCUGGCUGGAUGGGGGUAUACACGCGCGCGAAUGGAUCAGCCCGGCCACGGUGACGUACGUCGCCGGGAACCUGGUCGAGGACUGGGACAACCAGCCGGCCUACAUCCGGGCGAUCGACUGGUACAUACUGCCGGUGCACAAUCCCGACGGUUACGAGCACUCGCACCAGUACGAUCGGUUGUGGCGCAAAAACCGGGGCGGCCUCCAGUACGGACCGUGCGCUGGCGUUGACCUGAACCGCAACUACGGUUACCGGUGGGGCGGCCAGGGUACGUCCAAGCAGCCCUGCUCGGAGAUUUACGCCGGUACCGGGCCGUUCUCCGAGCCGGAAACGAAGGCGGUGAGCGAGUUCAUGCAACAGUCGGCGGCCCGCUGGAAGGGUUUCCUGACCUUUCACAGCUACGGCCAGUACAUUCUGUAUCCGUGGGGGUACGAUCGUGUCGUGCCACCGGAUCAUGCCGAUCUGAAACGUGUCGGCGAUGCCGCGGCAGAGGCAAUUCAGCGCAGCAGCGGCAUGCGGUACACGGUGGGACCGUCCGGCAGUACGCUGUAUCCGGCGGCCGGCGGAUCCGACGACUGGGCCCGAGGUGCACUGAACAUCAAGUACGCGUACACGGUGGAGCUGCGCGAUACCGGACGCUACGGGUUCGUGCUCCCGGCAAGCCACAUCCAGCCCACCGGCGAGGAAGCGACGCAGUUCGUCGAUGCGAUUGCGCAAGAAGUGGCCAAACUGUAGCCUGUGGACGCCACGGGCCGCUUUUUGGCGAGACACUAGGUUUUGUUAGUGGUUAUAGUGCCCGUUUCGUUCGUUUGUUGGAACGAGGAAUGCUACGGUGAGCGGUCACCCCUUUCUAUUAUUGGAACCGUUGUGAUUAAGUAAGUAAACGAGCGCACACUCGGGCAAACUCGAGCGUCUGUCUGGGGGGAGGCGGUGCACGGUGGUAGAGAAACGACCUGAAAGAAACAAUCGCAGAAACAUACCUCCUCCGUCCGCUGCUCGACGGCCGCCCGUUCCGCGUCCUUCCGCUCGGCGUUAGCCAGAUC